AUAAAGCGUUAUACUAUUGUUGAAUUCAACUUUUUAAACGUUGAUAUUAUAUUUUUAGGUAAAGCUGCCCGGGGAAAAUGGAAAAAUUUGAAAGAUCAUUUUCGCAAAGAGUACAAACGUUGCAUGACUAGUGUUGACAGCGGUAAAGAUAUGUCCAGAUGGCCGUACUUCUCUUCUAUGAUGUUUAUUAAAGAACAGAUCUUACACAAAACCACGAAUCCGGUGUACCUGUCGGAUAUCCAAUACCAAAACAUUUAUCCAGAAGUGGAAAUAGGAGUGGGUACGGACGAAGACAAUCCGUUAAACUGUCUGAACUCGGAAUGCGAAAAUCUAAAUUCAGCUGAAGUAAACAAUUCGACGUGUGCGAAUCAGGACGAAAAUAUUUCCGAUGACAAGCAUUUUUUGUUGAGUCUCAUACCAAUGUUUUCGGUCCUCUCGCCUGCGAAAAAGUUGAAAGCACGCAUAGCUAUCGAAACAUCGUUGCUCAAUAUAGCUUAUCCAGAUUUAAGUGCAUCCGACAAUAGUCAAGACGAACAAAACGGUACCUUGCACAAAUCUUCCACCAAAGCUGAGAAAAGAAAACGAAUGUCUGAACAUAAGCCACUAAAAAAGCGUAUGAUAAACUCGAAAAGAUAUUGUUGAAAUCGCAUUACGCACAUUUUAUUACUGUUCCAUGUUCGGUUUGAUAGUCUGAUUGUUAACUAAAUCAAUAAAACUAUUAUUACAGUA